AUGCCUGCUGCUCGACCACGACCUCCUCGUCGUUCUGCACGACUCAAAGCACUGCAGACACCCUUUCGAAAAGAGAGAUUCUCCAUGGACCAAAUGUCAGGGCCUGUCACCCGUGGAAGGGGUGGCAAGUCUCGAGAUAAAGUCUCAAUCUGCGCUAUCAUUGCCAAGCAUGUCUUUGAGGACGAUGGUGACUAUACAGACCACUAUGCAAAUGCACCGGAUAAAUUCCGAGACUCUACGAACAAUCACAUCCAGGCUCUCAAAAAAAAAUAUCGUGAAUGCCACGAUCGAUUGCAUGCCACUGGUGCUGGUGUUGUGCCGCAGGACGAACACGCUCCCCAGAAUUUACGUGCGCAGGUACUCAAAGAAUUUCCGUGGUACUGA